AAUAAUCUCUAUAUUUCUGUUAAUUUUAUUUUCAGACAUGGCAUAAAACCUGCUUCAAAUGUACAGAAUGUGGAAUGACAUUGAAUAUGAAAACAUAUAAAGGAUUUAAUAAAUUACCAUAUUGUGAAGCACACAUUCCAAAGGCCAAAGCAACAGCUAUUGCAGAUACGCCCGAAUUAAAAAGAAUAGCGGAAAAUACAAAAAUCCAAUCGAAUGUAAAGUAUCAUGAAGAUUUUGAAAAGGCUAAAGGCAAAUUUACCCAGGUCGCCGAUGAUCCUGAAACGUUGCGUAUUAAACAAAAUACAAAAAUCAUAUCAAAUGUGGCCUAUCAUGGUGAUUUGGAGAAAAAAGCUGCCAUGGAAAAACAACGCGGUGCCGCUGAAGCCUCUGACAAUUUAAAAGAUGAAUCGGAAUAUUUCUCAGAACAAUUGGCAGCUGAACAAUUCGCUCAAUACGCCCAAAUACAAACAUCCCAUUCACCAUUGCCACCACAACAAAUGUCCCCACGUUUGCCAAUGCAACAGCAGCAGCAACAAUACCACUAUACAACACAACAACAGGCAAUGCCACCACCACCCAUACACCAUCAACAACAUAAUACUGCUCAUAUUGUGCCUAGCAAUCAGGCAGGUACCACACAAGUCUACCAACAACACAAUAACACUAGUAGACAACAACAGCAAACAUCACAAACACUUGCACAACAACAACAACAAAUUCACCAUCAACAUCAAUAUGCUACACCACUACAGCAACAACAGCAGCAACAAUUUAUACAACAUGAACAGCAACAACAAUAUCAACACUAUCAACAACCACAAACAUUGCGUCAAUUAACCCCACAACAACAGCAACAACAACAAAUGCAACUUCAACAGCAACAAGGCAUAAAACAAUCUUCUCAUUUAUAUCCAUCUUCUACUUCGACAGCAACCAAUGUGCAACAGCAACAUCAACAACAGCAGCAACAGCAACAUCAGUUGCAACAACAGCAAUAUCAACAACCUAGUAAUACAUAUAAUCAAUUGCGCUCAGCUAUAUUACAAAGUUCCCAUCAUCCAACUGGUGGCCUACAGGCCGAUUCCUCCCAAUCUUCAACACCAACCUCUUCCUCCACUCCCUCUUCAUAUGCUUACGAUCAGUACGACAAUAAAAACUAUUCCAGACCACAAGCACCACCAACAUCACAACAACAACCACCAACACACUCUCAAUUGUAUCAGCAACACCAACAACAACAGCAACAACAACAUCACAUUAACAAUAACAUCAACAACACUGCUACACUACAAAACAAUAACGGUGCUCCAAUUGCCACCCACCAUCAACAACAAACCUCUUCCGCUUCCUCUUACACUUCCCCCGGAUCCAACAAUCCCGGCAAUAAUGCUUCUGCUACUCAACAAUUAUUUUCCAACACUAAUUACAAUAAUUAUUCAUCAGCAACUAAUUUGCCAACACCAUCCUCAUCAUCUGGCCAAAAUUCAUUUGCUUCGUCCGCCAGUGCUGCUGGUGGUGGUGGUGGGGGUUCACUAAAUAACGGUGGUGUCCAGCAGACAUCGCAUCACCAUCAUCAUCAUGCCAAUAGCAAUGGUGUUGUCAUGAACGGUAGCAUUGGUAAAAUAGCUGACUAUGAUCCACUAUCCGAUGGUCCACGUAAUUUACCGAAUCCAAAUAGACAAAGUACUACCCUGAUCUAUAGUUCCGAUAGUCGUGGUAAUGUUAAUAAUUCUUAUCCAAAACGCAUUGGUUCGGUUGCCGAUAUUGAUCCUGUUAAUGGUAUUUAUGGUUCUUUGUCAGCUGAACAACAAUUACAACAGCAGCAACAACAACAUCAUUUACAACAACAGCAACAAUAUUAUCAACAGCAACAACAACAACAGAUACAUCACAGUGUACAGCCAAAACAAUCGAAACAAAGUUUGCGAGUUUAUCGUGCUCUAUACGAUUACGAAGCUCAGGAUGUUGAUGAAGUUAGUUUCCGUGAAGGUGAUAUUAUAUUCGAAGUGGAAUCAAUUGAUUCGGGCUGGAUGACUGGUCGUGUAGAACGUACUGGUAAAACUGGUAUGUUGCCUGCUAAUUAUGUAGAGAAUGCGGUUAUAUAAUAGGGAAUGAAUACAACUGUUGCCAGUAAGAAUAAGGCCAAUAGUAAUAAUAAUGUUAACAACAACAACAAAAAUAUCACGAACACCACCAAUGUCGGUAGUAAUGGCAUCAAAAAUAAUAAAAUGAUUAAAAAUGGCCAUGGCAACAGCCAACCUAACAACCACAACAACACCAACGGCACGAACGGUAGCAGCAAUAAUACUUUACUUAUAAACAACAAUGGACCCCCAGCACCGCUUAUCAAUCGACGUAGUAAUUUAAUGACUACGUCACGUAGUAAUUUACGUCAAGGUAGUAGCAUUAAUAAUUUGUCAUCUAAACAAAGUUGCUGUUGUUGUACAAAUCAUAUUGCUGUUAUUAUAAUAUUAUGCGUCUAUUUAGCUCUUGUAUUUAUAAUAUUCACAAAUGUCUUUUUCGAUGAUAAUAGAAAUAGCAAUAACAACGAAAAUAAUAAUAAUAACAAUAAAAAUACUAUUAAACAUAAAUCGCAAAUACAUGGAGGAGGUGUUGAUGCGCACUCCAAGGAAGAUGAACGAACACAACAACAAAAUUUCUAUUAUUAUUUACUAAAUCAUGUAUUUUAACCCUAGAAAUAUCUAUAAAAAUUGGGAAAUAUUUUUUUUACUCUUA